AUUAGAAGAAAAAAAACCACACACACAAGAUCACUUACAACAUAAUACUACAUACCAGAAGUAGCCAUGACCAAGACAAAAUUACUCCAGAAGCCAAGUCUGUGAUAACUUCAAUCAGAUGGAUUCCUAGAUAACAAAGAGACAUGCCUCUGAACAACUGUUUCAUCUCAUCUCUUCUGGAAUGGAGAUUUCUUCUCAUCAGUUUAAUCUCCUGGAGCAACUAAAUGAGCAGCGCAGGCAGGACUUGUUCUGCGACUGCAAUAUCCUGGUGGAGGGAAAGGUCUUCAAAGCGCAUCGCAAUGUGCUGUUUGCCAGCAGUGGCUAUUUCAAAAUGCUCCUUUCGCAGAACUCGAAGGAGACGAGUCAGCCGACGACGGCUUCUUUCCAGGCAUUUUCUCCGGACACGUUUACAGUUAUUCUAGAUUUCGUGUACUCAGGCAAACUGUCUUUCACUGGUCAGAACGUCAUCGAAGUCAUGUCAGCUGCCAGCUAUCUGCAGAUGACCGAUGUCAUCAGCGUGUGUAAAACGUUCAUUAAGUCAUCGCUGGACAUCAGCGAGAAGGAGAAGGAUCGCUACUUCAGCCUGUCGGACAAAGAUGUCAGUUCCAACGGCGUGGACCGGUCCUGCGUGUACAGCGCAGGCUGGAGGGCAGAGAGCAGCUCCUCGCCUUCGCACUUGAGUCCAGAUCAAGGGACAUGUAUGAUGGGUGGAAACGCAUGGAACAAUCUCAGCUACUAUCCGCCUUCUCAGAGAACCGCCCAGCAGCAGCUGUCCAAACACGAGCAACGGCAGGAUUCCGGCAAAAGAUCCAGGCACCUGGGACCGCAGCAACCUGCUGACAUUCCUCCCUAUAAAUCAAGCAAGCUGGAGGACAGGGCUGCCGAGCCCGCCGGCCACAGCGCUCAGCCUGAGGAGCAGGGUCAGAUCGAAGCAGAAGUUGAAUCUUCUCACGUGGGAUACCAGUAUGGCCAAGGGGCUGACGUGACACCCAGGAACCAGCAGGAGCGUGAAUCACCCCAUUCUUCUGGUAAAGCCAAGUCUUCCAAAGGAGAGGAGCCGUACAGGAGCAUGCCCUUCAUUAUGGGGGUCACGGGAAGCUGGGCCGAAGGUAAGACUCAGGCGAAGGAAGAUGACAGGGUGGAAGAGAAGUACAGAUGCGUGUAUCUCCACAACGAGCUGUCUCAUAUUAAGAGACUAAUAGGGGAUUUUGACCAGCAGCAAGCAGAGGGCACCCACAGCCAGUGUGGGGGUGCAGAGAAGCUUCGAGAAUGCCUACAGUCAGAUCUGAUCAGCCAGUAUAAAAACGGGAUUCUCGUCGAGACUCCGCCCAUUGUCGUGGGUCACGUGGGGAGCACGAGCAAGAUGCUGCUGCCGAGAGCCACCCCCAGGAUGGAGACUGCGCUUGCCUCGCCGCCACGGCGUCACCUUCGCUGUCACACAGGAGAGCGCCCUUACCCUUGUAAAGCGUGUGGGAAAAGGUUUAGCAGGCUAGAUCACCUGAGCAGCCACUUUUGAACAAUUCACCAGGCGUGCAAGCCUGUCUGCAGGAAGUGUAAGCGCCACGUGACCGAGCUAACGGGACAAGUGGUCCAAGAGGGGACAAGACGCUACAGGCUCUGUAAAUAGUGUUUGGCUGCAGCCGUCGUAAACCCUGUCCCCGCUGACUUAGUGGCUGAAGCUCUCCGGGAAUUUCCACCAGACGGAGAUCAGGAUUCCCAGUGGCACUAUGGAGAAGACGACAGAUCUGACAUGGAGAUUGUGGAGGAUGAUUCGGCCGACCGGGACAUUCAGCAAGUCAAUGACAGUGAGGGUGAAGCGGAAGAAAAGGAAGUCAGCCCAAAUAUUUGGUAGUCGCAAGACAAGAAUUAGGAAUCCUGUGAAGAGGAAGAAUGUA